AGCGGAGCGUGCAGGUGGAGGUGCAGCUGAUUGACAGGUGAGGGAGAUGGCGCGUCGGGAGGGACCACGAGCGCAAAGGGAACGUUUCGACCGGACUCUUCUCCUGAGCCAACCGGCACCGGUGCGGAUGCGAGAUGUCCAAGGCAAGAUUGAGGACGUCACCUAUGGAGCUGUGUGGUCCCAACAUGAGUGAGACUAGAGGCUCCCUGUGUCAGGUGAAGCCGGCUCCCUGUCACGGCGUCCCUCUCUGUCGCCUGCAGGCCAGUGGACAGCACAUGCACAACCUCUCCCACCUCAGCCACCAGCCAUGGGUCGACCAGCCGGCCCCGGCCAUCGUCUCCAGCCCUGCGGUGGCCAUCCGACACCGGGUGAACGGAGCCGCGGCAGCCAGCUGCAGCAGCCCGGUGUGUGUCGCCUCCCGACUGGGAGAGGAGGCUGCGCUGGCCCAGGGCGUCUCCAUGGGGACGGUGCUGGUGACAGGAGGAGGGGGAUACUUUGGCUUCAGGCUGGGGAGAGAGCUGGCCCGCCAGGGGAUGUCCGUGAUCCUUCUGGACAUGAACAAGCCUCCCUGUGAUGUCCCUGAUGGAGCGACCUUCUAUCAGAGUGAUAUUCGAGACUAUCCUUCCCUCUAUAAAGUGAGUGAAGGUGUUGACUGUAUAUUCCACACAGCCUCUUACGGCAUGUCCGGACCAGAGCAGCUGAAGAAAGAGCAGGUAGAGUCAGUCAACGUCGGAGGGACUAAUAAUGUUCUAAAUGUGUGUAAGGAGAGGAACAUUCCCCGGCUAGUGUACACCAGCACCAUCAACGUGGUGUUUGCUGGAAAACCAAUUGAGGACGGUGAUGAGGCGUCGGUGCCGUACGUGCCCCACGACUUGCACAUCGACCACUACUCCAGAACUAAAGCGAUCGCGGAGCAGAUGGUCCUCUCGGCCAACGGCUGCUCUUUGAAAGGUGGAGAGCUGCUGCGGACCUGUGUGCUGCGAUCCUGUGGCAUCUAUGGACCUGAGGAGAGGAGACAUCUUCACAGAGUGAUGGUGAACGUGCAGCGUCGGUUGUUCAGUUUCCGGUUCGGGGACCCAGAGGCGCGGAUGAACUGGGUACACGUAGACAACCUGGUGCUGGCUCACACGCUGGCAGCCGAGGCUCUCACACUGAAGAGGAACUGUGUUGCCAAUGGACAGGCCUAUUUCAUUAAUGAUGGAUUCUCAGUCAACCUGUUUGAGUGGCUGACACCUCUGUUUGAAAAGAUGGGCUACAGCAGACCGCUGAUAAGCCUGCCUGUGUCUCUGGUCUAUUCAGCAGCCAUCCUGGUGGAAUACUUGCAUGUAGUUCUAAGACCGGUGAUCAAAGUUCCUCUCCUUUUUACCAGGAGUGAGGUGAGGACCAUUGCAGUAAGCCACACUUUCAAGAUCGACAAGGCCCAUCGAGAGCUGGGUUACUGUCCGGAGUCCUACACGCUGGCCGACUCUGUGGAACAGCACCUGAAGUCCCUACAGUCUCGCUCCACCUCACCUCUCUCCAACCUCUCCUGGACGUCCCAGCUGCCCCGACGCCCCGUCCAACUGCUGCUGCUGCUGGGUCUCGGUCUGGUGCUACUGAUGUUAUCCUGCAUACUCUAUCAGAGCUAAGCAGUUCAUGCUGUACUGGAGGGAUUUGCUGCACCAUAAGAUGUCUUGGGCAAAAAGUGAUGAAGUGACUUUCACCAUAGAUGACAGACGCAAUAUAACUAUGCCCCGAAAAUACGUGUCCAGUUGUGUAAUUUCCUUCGAUUUAAGCACAUCAUUAAUACUAUCUCUUUCUUCUAUCUUGUUGAUGUUGGUGUAUGUGUGUGAAUCUACCAGGCUGCUGAAAAUUAUAACAUCUGAGUUAUGUUGUCUACAGUGGAAGUAGCAAUGAUUUCAUAAAAAAUAAGAAAAUAUCUACCUUUGUAUUAUAAAUAUUUACAUUUUGAUUGAUUUUAUUUCAAUGUUGCAUGCUAUGAUAUGACUUAGUGAUAAAGACCUGUCGAGAUUUACACAUGUUUAGAGUUUGAUUUAUAUUUAACUGGUCAUUUUGUACACUUUUAGAAAUAAAAUCGUUAACAGUGAA